AUGCCUCUGAGAAAUGCCCCAAAUGCAGAGGAGCAGAUCUUGGAAUGGUUCGUGCAGACCUGCUUCGCCCUGAAGCACGUGCACGAACGGAAGGUUUUACACCGAGACCUGAAGACGCAGAACAUCUUCCUCAUGUCCAAUGGUCACGUGAAGCUGGGCGACUUCGGAAUAGCCCGGGUGUUGGACGCGACCAAGGACUAUGCCCGGACCAUGGUUGGCACGCCCUACUACCUCAGCCCGGAGAUCAUCGAGGAUCGCCCGUACAACUUCAAAAGCGACAUUUGGAGUCUGGGUGUCGUCCUCUACGAGAUGACCACGCUGAAGCAUCCCUUCGAUGCGGACUCGCUCGUCAUCUUGGCGAGCAAGAUUCUCAAGGACCAAUACCCGCCUCCGGACGCCUCCUACUCGCCGGACCUUCUCUCCCUCAUUCGCAGCAUGCUUUGCAAGGAUGCACCACAGCGGCCGCUGAUCAACAAGAUCCUCUGCUACAGCUUCUUGCAGGACAUCAUGCAGCAUGCGAACACCACCUACCACCUGGGCCUGGACUUGUCGGAGUUUGCCAAGGCAGCAGCCGCCGUGCCACGGACACCGCAGGCGCCUCCGGAGGAGCAAGAUGCUUCCAUGACCAGCAAGACCGCCGAGGCCUCCACCGAAGCUGCUGAGGAGGAGUACGAGGAGGAGUUUGAGGACUACUCCGGCUCCGAGGAUGGCGGUGAGCAUCCGCAGAGUGACCUUCGGCCCGGGCUCCCGGCAAUUACAUUGCUGCAGCCGCUACAUGUCAUGAUGUUGUGUUACGUUGUCUACGUGGUAUCCUAG